CGUCGUCUGCUGCGUCGUCUGCUGCGGCGGGACGAGCACGCAGCAGACGACGCCAUCAGGCGAGGGUAACCAUCAAAUAGAGAGCCUAACGUCAACUGACAUACGUCUUUUGCUAAACAAUGACACCUAUGUCCUAAAUUAGUUCAACAUGCCGAAAUUUUGCGUGCUUUUAGCUUGCAAAAAUAGGGAUUUCAAAAAUCAGAAGACUUCGGGAAUGAGGCAUCACAAAUUUCCUGUUGAAGAUAAUGUAAGAGAACAUUGGGUAUCAUUCGUGAAAAAGUGCAAUCGCAGUCAUGGCUGGACAACAAAAUACGAGACAGGAACAAUGUUGUGUGAAGACCAUUUUGAGAAGGACUGCUACCUUCCAAGUGGUCGCUUGGCCAGAAGUGCAAUCCCAACCAAGGCACCAAAAUUUACAAUGGAAACAGCGCAGUCACCGCCUGCUGGCCUCGCGCAUAUAACGAAUAGGCACUCCUAUCAUGCCCUGGACAAACUCAACAAUUUUGAGAAAGAUUUCUUUCAAGGAAUUGGCGAAGUGCCAUCUGAUGCUGGGUCUGAAGAAACCGUUGCUGUAGACGAAGAUAUAAUGGUUAUAGACAUGCCUGUGUCACCACUUUUGCAAGAUGCAGACAGAACACUCAGUGAUCCUAUUAAACCUAUUGAACAAGAAGUGGAGAAGAACACAAUGGAAUGGACACUGAGCGAUCAUAUUUUACAUGUUGAAUGUGAUGUUGAAAUACGGGAAGAGGACUAAAAAGUAUGAAACUUUUUGCAAACUGCAACAGUGUGCUGUGAAUUAUUCUGUUGAAUUUAAUAUGUGUUUAUGUGAUGAAUAUUAAGUAGAUCUAGUGACGUUUAAUUUUAUCCUAUGACUUCUUGCAAACUGCAACAGUAUGCUGUGAAUUAUUUAUGUUCAAUUUUAUAUUUUUAUGUGAUGCAAAUAACAUCACUUGUGAUAUUUAAUUCUAGUUCCUAUUUACAUGACUUCUUGCAAACAGCAUGAGUGUGCUGUGAAAUAUUGUUCUCGAGUUUUAAUAAUAUCUUAGCAAAUAUAUGACUUCUUUCGUACUUAA